AUGGCCGAGCCUUCAUAUCCUGCCACCUUGAACGGGGCUUUCGAGCCUCCCCUGAACCAACAAUAUGAGCCCGUUCGCCUGACAUCAGACAACAUUGUCCCCAUCUUCGAACUGCCCCUCGCGAAGAAGGUUCUCGGCCACGACGCCUCCGAUAGCGAAAAGAUCGCCCAGAUCGCCAGCGCUGAAUUAUCCUACACCGAGUUCGUUGCCGACCAGGCACGAGCUGCCCUUCAAAGCCCAUCUGAUGGCCAGACACGCGAGCAAACACAGUCCCAGCUACUGCAUAUUGGCCUGGCAGCUCUGUUCAGCUUCUUACAGUCCAAUGUCACCGGUCCACCAUUGGAAUAUAAUUCAGCAGAGACUGUCUUUCCUGCUCCGAUCCGAACCGAUAAGACAACGAUCCGAGCCGUCCGCGCCAAAAUUCUUCGUGCUCUGUCAGUGGAUGGAGAGGCAGCCUACAAGCUUACACCUAACCCGGAGCUUUUCUCGAUUGCCAAGGCUUUGCUGGCCGAUAUUGAAAAUGAGGGCGCGUUGGUUGCAAAGACAGCGCGCAUGCGCGUGAACUUCCUGCACCAGAAAAUGCUUUCCGAGGUUACCAGCACAUUGCAGGAUUUGAUCUAUCAUGAUGUGGAAACCAUCUCGAAGGCAGAAUUGACGACGAAUGAGAAAAGUCAGUUUUUGCUCGAGCGAGCCAUCAUUAAUACGCACCAUGACUUUGAUGCGAAGGCGCGGGCCGAUCUGGACCAAGCAUCUCGAGUUCGCAAUUUUGAGUUUGCCUUGACAGGCAAGCUGGGCAAGAGAACCAAGUUCCAGGAUCGCGAUAUCAGUCAAUUGGUGGUGGUGGCCAAGAGCGCAGACGAGGAGGCCCCGGCUGCAGUCCCCUCUGGCCCCAAGAAUCUGGACUUGAAUGAUGAUACCUUGCUUGAAGCCAUCUCUUUCGCGGAUAAGAAGUCUACGACCGUGCAGGACGAACUCCCACCAUCUCUACAGUCUGUUGAUCCUAAUGAGCAACCGAAGCUUAGCCCGGUUGACUCUGCUAUUCUGCUCGCCUUGGCCUCAGCCAUCACCAACACUGCACCGGAGAACGGUCUGACGCGUGAGGAGACGCAGCCGUACGCUACCCGAGUCCUCGAGGGCGGCAGUUCGAACUGGCAGAUCUAUACACAGGCUCUGCUGGUGCGUAGUCGUGUGGAAGGUCAUCGCUCACGUACAGUCGAGCGAUCCGUUUUGCAAUUACAGGCUCUCGUUGAUCAAGUCAUCGCAGAUACUGCCACGGAUGACACGGCCGCUCAACAGCCAUCUUCUGAUCCCACGACGUUCUUGCCACGGCCCGAAAAGUCUGAGUCUGCCCCCGCUGCCGAUCGUCUACAGUACAUCUGGCUGCUUAAUUUCUCCACUCGGUGGUCACUGGAGGCCGAGCUCGCGAAGCGUUGGGUGGAGCUGGGUGGUCUCCGCACAGCCCUUGAAAUCUACGAGCGGUUGCAGAUGUGGGCUGAAGCGGCCCUUUGCUAUGCCGCGACUGAGCGUGAGCAGAAGGCUAAGAAUAUUGUGCGACGCCAACUAUACGAGGCCGAAGGACCGGACGAGGACGAUGAAAAUGAGGAAUUCAAGGGCCCCGAGCGAUCCACACUGCCGGCCGAUGCACCUCGCCUAUUCUGUAUCUUGGGAGACAUCGAUAGCGAUGAAAAGAUGUACGAGCGUGCCUGGGAAAUUUCAGGGCAGCGAUACGCGCGAGCUCAGCGAUCGUUGGCUCGCCACUAUCUGGCUCUUACGCCUCCAGACCUAGAGAAGGCUGAAGCCGCUUACCGUAAGAGCUUACACAUAAACCGUCUCAACCACAGUGCAUGGUUCGCUCUCGGAUGCGUACAACUGGAGCUCCAGCGGUGGAGCGACGCCGCCGACUCCUUCUCGCGUACUGUCCAGCUCGACGAUACCGACGGAGAAGCUUGGAGCAACCUGGCAGCAGCCAUGCUGAGGACGUCUGCACCCCAGCAAGGGACUGAUAUGCCGUCAGACGAAGAUAAGGAGAAGGAUCCCGCUGAAAUCGACCCACAUAAGCGCAAGCGCGACGCCCUCGCAGCGUUGCUCCGCGCAGCCCAACUCAAGCACAGCGAUGCCCGAAUCUGGGACAACGUGCUGACCGUCGCCGCCUCGAUCCCGCCCCCAAAUACCCCCUUCCGGGAGGUGGUGACUGCGCAGAAGCGAGUGAUCGAGAUCUUGGGCGACAAGAAGGGCGAGAAGUGCGUUGAUCAGCCUAUCCUGGGUAUGCUGAUCGACUUCCUCUCAGAAGCGUUCGAGUACGAGAGUCUUCUCAUUGAAUCCGAUUCGGGCCCUGUGGUUCGUACGGGAACUCUUCCUGGCCAAAUUCUUUCCCUGAUCGAUGACAACGUCGUGCCCCUGAUCACGCAUUCCGCCACCCUCUGGCUCCUCGUCGCUCGUGUCGAGGUUUUCCGGAACCGCCCCAGCCGCGCUCUCGAGGCCCACGAGAAAGCCUGGCGUGCCGCUGUGGCGGCGUCCGCGCAGGGGGCUUUCCAAAUGGGCGACGAGAAACCGUGGCUUGAUGUGGUGCGCGCUACAGAGCAAUUGGUACGCAACGGGUAUGCCCGCUACGGUCCACUAGACCGCGAAGGUCAUAGCGGCGAGGGCGAACCAGAAAUGGUGGCAAGCGACUGGCGAUUCAAGGCUAGAAGCGCCGUCCGGGGUAUUCUUGGCAAGGGUAAAGACUUCUGGCAAGAUUCUGAAGGCUGGGAGCGAUUGAAGGAGCUUCAGAACGAGGUUACGGGAAAAUAG